AUGACCAGAGCCAUUCCAGAAGUGCAGGGAGAUCCCCAGCGCUUCAUUCCAUGUGACAUACAAGAUCAUGCCAGCCAGAGUUCUGCACAACUUGAACCUGAGUUCAGUGGGGACUUUGAGAUUGAGCCUCAGGAUUGCACACUGAUGGGAAAAUGCGAUCACACGCAUCCCAGUCCAGUCCAGAGAAGUGUAGCGGUAGUCCAAGUAGUUGACCCAGCUGUUGCAGCCAUCGAUUUUGAAUACCCAAGAAAUCCAGCUAGCGCAAAGCUUGGAUUGAGUCCAGAUUGUGCAGCACAGACGUGCCAUGAGUUCAGAGCCAAGCCAGACGAAAGCCUUGGAGCCUCAGACUCUUUUAGUUCGCACAUAAACACCAGACUGGUUAAGAAUGAAGUGAUAGUUUCAAGCGCAGAGACCGAGCACGAAGAGAAUGAUGGUGCUGAGCACACCACAGCCAUACUGCAAGUUGCACACAAGGAUGCAACUAAAGACAACACUGUGUACCUUAGUGAAGUCUCACAGAUCGCUGACCCAGUGGAGUAUUUCACUUGGGAUUCCGGAUAUGAAUCUGAUGACACUGCAGUUGACAGUGAAGCGCCUGAAUACACCGGACUCACUAUCUCACACGAAGCCAUUCCUGCCAUUGCGCCACAUGAAAAACAAGUCAAUUAUUUGAUUUAUCACUAUGCUGCCAUACAUCAAGGUUACAUGAUGACGAAAAAUCCCACUGUUGAACUUUGUGCUGAUUCCACGGAAGUGCUUGAGUGCGCUGGUACUCCAUGCCCACCCGAUUUCUUUGAUGAUGGAUAUGAAUGUCCACCUGAGAAAGACCCAGACAAGGUCUUAAGCAUGAACUGGAAUGUGGGCAACAAGCUGGCCCGAGCUGAGGAAAUUUGUAUCCGGUGCGACUACUGGACUUAUCUGGAGCUCCAAAUUCUUAUGACGUAAACCAGCAUGACUGGACAAAUGACAUAAAAUGGACAAGCCUGGUAUCGAACCCAGGACUUCUAGCAUGCAUCCAUACACUACUCGCCUGUUAUGCCAGGGGGGGGUACCCCUUCCCUCAUGGUUUGGGAGAUCACUUGAUCCCUUCCUCCAACACAA